AUGGCCAUGGCCGCGGGCGUCAUGGACUUUACAUUGGAUGGAGGGGACGCAACGGGAGUCGAAUCGGCAGCUGGCAAGGCCUUGGCAGGAUGGUUCGGAGCAGCAGUACCUCAUGUGCGCUCUGAAGCCACCUUCUCAGCAGGGUCGGGAAGACGAUUGCAGCAGCUCCAGUGGAGCGUGUACUGGGAAGUCUUCGUCUAUCUGCAGCAGAGCGCGGCGGCAGACGCCGCAAUCCAAGACUUGCAGCAGAAUGUCGCUUCAGUGGAGCGAUUCGCAGCAGAUCUGCAGUCAGCGCUGGGCCUUGUAGGCCUUGCGGGCUUUGCCGGCUUCGGCUUCUCCGCGCUCUAUGCACCCGUGGAG